CGGCGACGGCGGCGCGGUUGCCAGGGAGACGGCGGCGGCUGUUGCCAAGGCGACGGAGGCGCCGCCGAGCUUGGGGGGAGCGGAUCCAGGCCCGGCCCCGGCCCCGGCCCCGCCGGGCUGCCUCGGCCGAAUCCAGGAAGGGGAAACAUGAACGAGGUAAAGGAGGCUCUAAGAACCAUAGAACAGCACUACAAGCUCUUCCUACAGCAGCAGUUUACGUUUAUCGCAGCGCUGCAACACACCCGAGAGAACGCACAUGACGUGAUCAGACCCGUGGCGAGCAUCAGCCAGGUACAGUCCUACAUGGACCAUUACUGUAACAAUUCCACGGACAGGCGUAUCCUCACCAUGUUCCUAAACAUCUGUAAUGACCUAAGCAAGCUCUGCCACAAGCUGGAAGCCGUGCAUCCUGGUAACAGCACAACCAAUGGCAUUUUGGAAAGAUGCAAGCUGCUCCUUAGCCACAGCAACGAUCUGAGCACCAUCCGAGCUAAAUAUCCCCAUGAUGUUGUGAACCACCUGAGCUGUGAUGAGGCCAAGAAUCAUUACGGAGGGGUGGUGAGCCUCAUCCCCAUCGUUCUAGACUGCAUGAAGGAGUGGCUAUCCCACACUGAGAAGCUGCCACGGCACAUGCUGCAUAAUGCAAAUUAGCACCUGUUCUUUGCUUCCUGCUGGAAGACACUCCUGAAUAAACAAGUUCCCUUUGCAUCUCUCUCAGUUUGCUAAAAUUGUGGAAAGCUUUUUCCUUAAGAUGACCAGGUUUUGGCAACACAGGCAAAAAAAAAGAAGGGAGAACUAAUGCAGAGGAGGGAGCACAGGAAGGAAUGAUAGCUCAGAUGAAAUAGAAAGUAUUUUCAGGAGCAUUUUUACUCCUCACAUUACCCCAUGUUCCUUUACACUUUCUGUCCUUCCCCUAACUACACAUGCCACUAUACAAUAUCCACUCUGGAGAAGGGGCCUGUGUUUGGGAGACAUCACGUCCCAGCUGAAUUGAAACCUGGUGAACUUAGAAAUGAUAACAAAGCCUGCUGAGGUCACACAGAUUCUUAGGCACCAAGGGGGUCACAGACAGCAAAAUGUGCCUGUUGCCACCUCAGGCUUUAUUUGGGAGGUCUGCUGCAGAGGUAGCGUUACAAAGAAAAAUCAAAGUUGCUCAGAGCUGCCCUUUAGUGUUUCAUGUUGCAAAGACAAGUGUCUGAUAAUACCGUUUUAGAAAGUUUUCCAAGCCAAGUAGGUGCUACGUUGACUGAAGGAUGACAAGUAUUGGGACACAAGGGAAAUUUCUUCAGAUACUGUUCCUGGCCUUCCUAACCCUACCUAUCACUGUGUUUAAAUUUGACUAUGCAGGCUCUGAUCAGACCAAAAUUAUUCUCCACUUUGUAGUUCCUUUUCAGCUUCCACAGUGCAAGGCAGCACAAACUGCCAGUCAGAACAGUCCUGUCAAACCUCGGCUACCUUCCACACCUGCUGUUCAAUGCUCGUUCAUACUUGACAGAGGUUGUGACACAUGCAUGAAACACGCAAUUCACAAAUUUUAAUAAUUAUUUCUAACCCAGCUCUAUCUUUUCAAUUGGUCUUACACGGACAAAAAUUUAAGACACUAGCAGAAAAAUAACUGUGUGAAACUCAGAGUCUGAGGUUUGGUAGUGACACGACCAAAAUCUGUUGGAAGACUGCAAAGUUAAACCUCACAAAAACAUCUAGACAAAUUACUUAAUUUCCAUACAAGUUCUCCUCUUCCAGAGUGGAUGGACACUUCAAAGGACAGAAAGAUACAGCAAGAAUUGUUUUUCUCUAUUACAAAUCAAGCUGUUUGAAGAAUUUACAUAAACAGGAUGUAAGUGCCAA